AUGGAUCUGAUUGAAGGAGUCGGUGAGAGUCGUUCACCGCCGCGGAGUUUCGGAAGUUUUAGCGGUAAUGAAGUAGUGAAUGAUGUGUAUAAUCGGUUGGUGGAGAUUGGCAACGAAGAUGCUACUAAUCAUCCUGAGUUUCGUGAUGAGUUGGAAGCUCACUUUAGUCGGUUUCCUGCUAGUUAUGCACUGGAUGUCAACAUGGAUAGGGUUGAAGACGUGCUUCUGCAUCAGAAGCUUCUUGUGCUCGCAAGAAAUCCUGAGAAUCGAUUAGUUUUCCAUGUUCGCCUUUUGGAGUGUGCCUUGCAGCACUUUUGGACUAGAGGAGAUGUCGAUGAUGGUGACCAACAAGAAAUAACAGAGGGGGGUUUUGAACCUUGCUUUAAACUUGAGGACCUAAAUUUGGAGGUCAGAAAAAGUUGUGAUGAUAAGGAUGGAGAGAAUCUUGAAGGAGAAUCUUCUAGAAGAGUGGAUAUUCCAGUUAUGCCAAUUCAUGAAGUGAUAUUUUCUGCUCUUGACAAGCCUAAGCUCCUCAGUCAGCUUUCAGCUUUGCUUUCUGACAUAGAUCUCAACAUCCGUGAAGCACAUGUGUUUUCAACAACCGAUGGCUAUUCUUUGGACGUAUUUGUGGUGGAUGGAUGGCCCUUUCAGGAAACAGAGGCUUUACAUGAAGCAAUGGAGAAAGCGAUUGCUAGAAGCGAGGGUUCAUGGUCUGGUUCUUCACAUUCCAAAUCAGCUGUAGAGAAAGAAGCUGAUUUUGUAGAUGCCGAGAUAGAUAGAAGAUUACUGAACAUUGGUGAAAGAAUUGCAUCUGGAUCCUGUGGAGAUUUAUUUCGUGGAGAGUACCUGGGUCAGGAUGUUGCUGUCAAGAUUCUUAGAUCUGAACAUUUAAAUCAAACAUUGGAGGAUGAAUUCUCUCAUGAAGUAGCCAUGCUCCGAGAGGUUCAUCAUAGCAAUAUUGUUCGUUUUAUCGGUGCAUGCACAAAGCAACCUCCUUUGUGCAUAAUAACAGAAUACAUGUCUGGAGGGAGUCUUUAUGAGUAUCUUCAUAAGAACCAUAACACAUUAAUGCUUCCCCAGUUGGUAAAGUUUGCUAUAGAUGUCUGCAAAGGAAUGGAAUAUUUGCACAAAAAUAACAUAAUACAUAGGGAUCUGAAGACUGCAAAUUUGCUUAUGGACAGCCAAAAUGUUGUGAAGGUGGCAGAUUUUGGGGUGGCUCGAUUUCUGACUCAAGGGGGAGUUAUGACUGCCGAGACUGGAACGUACAGAUGGAUGGCUCCUGAGGUUAUAAAUCAUCAACUAUAUGAUCAAAAGGCGGACGUCUUCAGUUUUGCGAUUGUUUUGUGGGAGCUCGUGACAGCCAAGGUUCCUUAUGAAAACAUGACACCAUUGCAAGCAGCCUUGGGAGUAAGAAAGGGCCUCCGGCCAGAUGUUCCCGUGAAUACGCACCCAAAACUGGUGGAGUUGAUGCAGAAAGGCUGGGAUGCUGAUCCUGAUAACCGCCUUCCGUUUUCUGCAAUCAAAAUGGAACUUGAAGGGCUCCUCCAGGAAAUCCAGGACUCGGGCGAUACACCGAAUGGCAACUAG